ACUAUGCUACUGUAUGGAUGGUACAGCGUCUAGUGUUUGUAAGGCUGGGAUAUUGCAUUACCAUUACUAUUGAAAAAAUAUAUAUACGGAAUAGUGAAACCGUUACACUUUUUGAUUAACGUGUUUCACGUGCAAUAAUUAACCAAACAAGACUGUGGCUACGUACAUUAUCAUAACUGCAAUGUAUAGAACACAACAUACCAGACUGAAUCACUUUCAAGGUUAUUAACGGAUGCCAUCUUGUUUUCCUAUAUAGUCAAUUAUCUGUUACAGAAAAAGGUAUUACGGGCUGAUGGCGUAGAGAAUGGAUGGUUGUGCAGUCCUAGCAGCCCUGUUGUUAGGUGUUGUGGCCACCUCAGUAGAUGGACAACUGGAUCUCAGUGUAGAGUACAGAGAACCACACAGGACUGAAGCGACAUAUAUGAUAGUUGCACCGAGACGCUUUCGCCCAAAUCAAGUGUACCGUUUGUAUGUCACCAUUUUGAAGCAAGAGUACCAUAGUCUUCACUUCCAUGCCAUUAUUCGCAAUGUUGACCUCCGUUCAGAGAUAGGUGGCGUCUCUGGUACGUUCAACAGAGUCGGGGGCCGAGAGCUGGAAAUCAAAGUCCCUGAAUUUGUUAUUCCUGGGAACUACUCUCUCUAUGUCGAGGCGAAACAUGUGGAUGGUGUUGGUGGCGCCAUCUAUCACAACGAAACAGCACUCAUAUUUGACACCAAGCAGAUGUCUAUCUUUAUUGAGACAGACAAGGUGAUAUACAACAGAGGAAACAGUGUGAGGUUUCGAGUGAUUCCAGUCUUGCCGAAUCUAAUGCCCGUACAAGGAACAAUGGACAUAUUUGUUAAAGAGAGUAACGGUGUCGUUGUAAGAAGAUGGCUUGCACAGGCUGUCAACAAUGGUAUUAUAGAGAAGAGUUUUGAUCUACCCCAGUAUGUGGUAUAUGGCAGAUUUGAAUGGAUAAUUGAAAUACAAGCAUUUGGGCAUGUAUAUACGAAGAAGAUUCGUAUUGAGGAAAUAUUUCCAGAGAGAAUGAUUGUUAACGUGACACUUCCACCAUUCAUAAAGACUUCGGACUAUGGAUUGGCUGGUUUCGUGAAAGCAUAUUACUUCCCGAGUUGGCUUCCCAUGAAAGGGAAUGGAACAGUGGAACUAAGCGUUGAGGGUUUCAAGGGGUCAUCCUAUAAAUUCAACAUUCCAUACUUUGAAGAUGAAUAUCAAUUUAUCUUUACUAUGAAUGAACUGAGAAGGAUAACUGGUGUGCCUGACCUAUCAAACAAAGCAAUCAAAGUCACUGCGUGGGUCUACGACCGUGAUACUUACGAAUAUAUGUGGGGCGAAGCAAAAACAGUCAUAUAUGAUGGUGGAGUGGAAAUGUAUUUUGUAGAAGAUAUCGUCAGAACAUUCAAGCCAAAUAUGCCAUUCAACUUUCACGUGGCCGUCAAAAAGAGAGACGGUACCCCUCCUUCGUGGUUCGGUAACGCAAAUGUUGAACUUGAGAUAAUUUACCAGGAGGAGUCGGGGAGAAGUAGGAGAGACCUUGAACGUGUAGCGGUUCCUGAUGAUAAUAUCAUUGCUUAUACAAUAACUCCUGGAAUAAAUGACCAGUUUAUUUCAAUACAAGCGAGGUAUAGGGGUCAGGGCAUGAACUUGCCAAGAAAACGGAUGACUGCCUACCGUGUCUAUUCAACAAACAAAUAUUACAUACAAGUUACAACUUCUACGUUGGCACCAAAGGUGAACAGAUACAUCAUAUUUACGGUUAGGACAAACACGUACGUUGACACUAUUUAUUAUCACAUAGUCUGUGGAGGUAAUAUGGUCAUGUCGGACGAGCUACCAAUGACAUCGAUGCUGAAAACAUUCUCAGUUGCUUUAUCACGUGACAUGAUGCCAAGUGCGCGAAUGGUUGUUUAUUUCGUAAAGAGGGGAGAAGUUGUAGCUGAUGCGUUGUCAUUCUAUGUCGAUGGUUCUUCCCUACAUGAGGUUGAUGUUGAACUGAACUGGGGUAAAGAUUUCGGACCAGCAUUUGUCGAAGUAAUUGGCACAACUGAUCCUGGGACAUUAAUAGCAUUUAAUGCAAUCAACUACUAUCUUUACUCUCUGGGCGCAAGAAACUUCAUUACUGAACAAGAUAUUAUAGAUGAGUUGCUCACGUAUGACAGUCAUGCAAAUGUGAGUGCAAGUGUCAGUUGGAUUGGGGAUGACUGGAACCGAAAGACCAUGUAUUUCCCAACGCAGACUUAUGGAUCUGAUGCUAACACAACAUUUGUUUUUUCCGGACUUCAUGUAUUUACUGAUGCAAAUUUGACAACAGUGCCAAGUGACUGUAACGCAACUAGCGGCUGGAUGACGUGCUAUGACGGUAGCUGCUACAGAGUGGAGAAGAAAUGUGACAAACAAUUAGACUGCAAUGACGGGGCGGAUGAAAGUGGAUGUGGCUUGGAUAAGGGCACUGAAUUGACUAUUCAGUAUGAUUUCUAUAAGGACUUUAAUCGCCACCAGCCAUACGUUGAGCCGUAUGAGCCUGUCAGUUGGAUGUGGCACACAGAUUAUACUAAACCAAGCGGUGAAAGUUACUCCUGGGCUUCUCCCACAUUCACUCCGUUCUUCUACGCUUUGUCUGCUCUCUCCGUCAGCAGGGAUAAUGGACUUGGGGUUGUUCAGCAACCCUACAGGGUCGACAUGACGAGAGGGUUAUACGCAAUUUGUGAAUACCCGAAAGCUGCGCGUAAGGGGGAGCAAAUUGGUAUCCAGUUGUGGCUGUCAAGUUUUGUUGAUACUGUGAUGGAGGUCUUGGUGACUCUUCCGGCAUCUGACCAGUAUAGGUUUGUAGCGGUUGGAGAUGAACUGAAGAGUUACAUUGAUCAUUAUUCACCUAAACUUAUUGAUGAGGAGAUACAAACGUUGGUGUAUCUUGAACCUGGAGAGAAACGGUUUAUACACAUGCCAAUUCUUCCUACGAGUGUUGGGAUCACAGAAUUUGAAAUAAUUGCAAACACGUUUGAUAAUAGUGAAGGAUGUUCUGGAUCCAUCGAAAUAACGAUGGAUGGUGUUCAGAAUGAGUGGCACACUCCUUACUUUGUUGACCUUGUAAAGUUUAGCCAAGUUAUCAUUCCUGACUUGUGGAUACCUAUACCAGAGCGAUUCAUUCUUCCGGAACAGAGGCACCAUCUAUACGUACCAGGCUCUACCAGUACUACUGUAUCAGUAGUAGGUGAUGUUGUCGGGCCUGCCUUUUACACAGACGAUCUGUCAGUGGGUGAGAUCCUUGGUUUGCCAGCAGGAACCGUGGAGAGUUAUUUCUUUGAAUUUAGCCAGAAUCUUUGGUACUUGAAAUUCCUCCAGGACACAGACCAGCUGACGUAUGAUGUUGCUGUAGCAGCACUGCUGAGAAUGAGCACAAGUUUCGAGCAAAUCCACAGAUUCCGACAUCCAAGUGGAGGUUUUUCAUUAUUUUGGGACUCGGAACCAAGCCUUUGGGUGACGUCACUAUUAUUCAACCAAUUGAAGUUCGCUAGAGAUUCUGAAUGGGAAGAGGUGUUUUUCGUCGAUCCCGAGUUCAUGAAUGACGUGGCACUUUGGAUCGUAUCAAGACAGAACACUUCUGUCGGCUGCUGGAAAGAAAUUGGCACGACAUAUAUGAGGCAAUUUAUUCCUAAACUGCAGACUCUUAACGGAAAGGAAGAUUACUGGAACAUAACUCUAACUGCUUAUGUAGUCAUAGCAUUGUCCGGGAAUGUAGCACUGAGUGGGGAAGCAUCAAGCGCAGUUGAGAAAGCAAAAAACUUAGGUGCAGAUUUCCUUGCGACAACCUUGGAUCUCAUGGACAACUCUUUUGAUAUCGCCAUAGUAACAUAUGCAUUACACGCAGCGGAACAUAGAAUAAAGAAAGAGUUCUUCAACAAACUGAAGAAAAUGAGCCGUGAAGAUAAGCAGGACGAGUGGCCAUAUUGGUCAAGUAAAGAAGUUGACCCUAUGAAGGUGGAGACGAUAGAUGUCACUCCGUUCUUGUUCCCCAACGAGCAGUUUGACGCUGACGUGGACACCAAUCUCGGAACGGCGUAUGCACUCAUGUCCUAUGUGAAAGAGAAUUACAUCACCGAUGCGUCUAAGAUUAUGUACUGGAUCCAAUCAAGGAGGCAGACCAAUGGAGGAUGGAGCGGUACUGUGGACUCUAUAGCUAAUCUACAGGCGUUGUAUAUGUAUGGAGUGCGCAAUCCUAACAGAGACCUUUACCACUUAGAGCUAACGAUAGAGUCAACAGCCACACCAGAGUGGUCAAAGGUGAUCACGCUCACAAAGAACAACUUCAACAUCGAGCAGCAAGUAGAGAUUCCGAAUGUUUGGGGGAGUGUGAAGGUGACGGCGAGAGGCAACGGGUUGGCCAUGCUACAGGUAAGGACAAGUGCCAACCAAGAAUUUGUGGAACAGCUAAGGGACCCAGAUGAUCCACCGCCUGGUAUAGAGCGCCAUUUUGAUCUGACCAUCAACCUCCAAUGGGGCGGCGCCAACUUCAGUAUAAUGUAUAUACAACCAUGUGCAAGGUGGCAUAGGAUAGAUAAAGGUCCCCAUAGUAUGUUGGCCUUCUUCCAAAUAGAUCUGCCAACCGGUUAUGUUGUCAUCGAGAAAGAAUUGGUAAAGCAGCGCCAACGAGACAAGUUUAUCAGAAGAAACAUGUUUUCCGGUAAUACGUUGGAGAUCUUUGUUGAUAAGAUUGGGACGGACUGGCUGUGUACGAAGGUGAGAGCAGACCGCUGGUACCCAGUAGCAAAUGCCAGUAUUCAGCACCAGGCUCUGGUUGCGGAGUACUAUGAACCAGAGUUGCAGAACUGGACUCUCUACACAACUUACAAUUUAUUUUCUCAACAUAUAUGUCUAGUAUGCGGCUCAUUCCAAUGUCCAUAUUGUCCAUAUUACAACUCUGGUGACGUCAUCCAAAAACCUAUUACAAAAUUUAUUUUAAUUCUCGUAUCACCUUGGACAAUUUAUAUAUUCUCUCAAAUCAUUACCUCGAAGAUAGAACAAUUUUUGAACACUUGAAGGUGAUGAAAGUUAGUUAAACUAUUGUGAUUAAUUAUACACAAUAUGUUUUUUUAUUCAAUUUUUUUAUUUUUUUAUUACAUUGUGUUUUGUUCAUGCAACCGCAUUGUUAGUAACAGUUCAUUUGUAUAUAUCGCUUUAUCAAACACCAUAUUCAUCAAUUCGAGUGAAAUUGAGUACCGCAACUCCCUUGCUUAUGUUCAGCGACAAUUACACAUUCUCUAAGGCAUUUCGGCCUAACAGUGGUGACUUAAACAUAAACGGGGAUGCAACGGGAAGUAAUUGGUUUCACCGAAAAUAGUUAUGGAUCAUGCACGUUAUUAUUACAUAAAUUCUUUUUUUGAUGCUUGCUGUAUCAUCGCCGUGUCAUUCUAGAUGACAAUCGUAUAUCCAGGCUAUAAACAAUCAAUAGUUUUCAUAUUUCGGUAAAUGUUGGUUAACCUUGAUUAUAACAUUCCGCAUUUAUUUGACUUGAGCAUGUACAUAUUUUCUAAAUAAACAAUAUGC